AUGGUUAAAGAGACAAAACUUUAUGAUUUAUUGGGUGUGCAACCUUCUGCUUCGGAGCAAGAGUUGAAGAAGGCAUAUAGGAAGCUGGCGUUGAAAUAUCACCCAGACAAGCCUACAGGGGAUACAGAAAAGUUCAAGGAGAUUUCAGAAGCAUUUGAUAUUUUGUCCAACGGAGACAAGAGACAGGUGUACGAUGAUUAUGGGUUAGAAGCCGCGAGAGGUAAUGCACCAGCUGGGGGUAAUCCAUUUGCAGGAGCUAGUCAAGCUGGAGGAGGAGCUAGUCCAUUUGGAGGAUUUAGCACUAGUGGUGGAUUUUCUCAGGCCGAUGCGUUCAAUAUAUUCUCCCAAAUGGGUGGCUUCGGAAUGGGAGGAGGAGGAGGCGGCGAUGAUUUCGGAUUUGGUGGAUUCGGGGGUAGUGGUGGCUUUGGUGGUAUGCCAGGAGGUUUUAGCCAGGGGCAUUCUUCCCGCUCGCGUCCAGAGCCAGAUACCGUCACCAUAUCGUUGCCAGUGUCAUUGGAAGAUUUGUAUCACGGUGGAGUGAAGAAAAUGAAAUUGAAUAGAAAGGGUAUCAGUGGUAGCAAAGAAAGUAAGGUUAUGACUAUCAAUAUAAAACCCGGGUGGAAAGUGGGCACUAAAAUUAAUUUCGCCAACGAAGGUGACUACCAAAAGGAAUGCCAUGCUAGACAAACGGUUCAAUUCAUACUCGAAGAAAAGCCCCACCCAAUCUUCAAGAGAGAAGGUAACAACUUGAAGAUGAACUUGCCAUUGACAUUCAAGGAAUCAUUAUGUGGUUUCUCUAAAGAAGUGAACACUAUCGAUGGUAGAAGAAUCCCAUUACUGAGAUCCAGCCCAAUACAACCAAAUACUUCGACUACAUAUCCAGGUUUAGGUAUGCCAAUCAGUAAACUGCCGGGCUCUAGAGGCGAUUUAGAAAUUGUAUUUAAGGUCGAUUAUCCUGUAUCCUUAACCGCUGAUCAAAAACAAGCUAUUAAUCAAUACUUCUAA